UAAAUAGAAUAAAUUUGGUUUUAAUUCUGAUACAAAUCAAGCUAGUACAACUUCAUAUCUCUAAGCUUUUAUAAACCUUCAGGUGAUAUGAAUAAUUUUUAAGUUUAAAUAGUUCUUGACAUAAAUUAAUUAGAGCUAAAGUAGUUUAAAUAUAUUAAAAAAAAAUUUGUUUAAUAUAAAGUUAAAUGUAAAAAAUCAAUUGGAUAUUUCAAAUUACUGGUAAAUGGCUAAAAAAAUUAUAUAACUCAGUAAUCAUUUUAUUUCUUUUAAAAAUAAUGGCUACUCCAAAUAAUAAUAAUGCGACUGAUGAAGAAAAAAUUGAUCCAAUGAAAGAUGUUAGGAGUGGACUUGUACGUGAAGUAGGAAAUCAAGCUAUUUGGAGUUUAUCUUCUUGUAAACCAGGUUUUGGUGUUGAUCAGUUAAGGGAUGAUUGUAUGGAAACAUACUGGCAAUCUGAUGGACAGUUACCACAUUUAGUAAAUAUUCAGUUUAGACGUAAAACAGUAGUUCGUGAUAUAUGCAUUUAUAUAGACUACAGAUUAGAUGAAAGCUACACACCAGGUCGUAUUUCUGUGCGAGCUGGUACAAAUUUUAAUGACUUGCAAGAAGUUGAAGUAGUUGAAUUAAAUGAGCCUUAUGGUUGGGUUAGAAUAAUGACAAAAGAUAUCAAUGAUAUGCCAUUGAAAACAUAUAUGCUUCAAAUAGCCGUGAUAACAAAUCAUCAAAAUGGACGUGAUACUCACAUGCGACAAAUUAAAGUACAUUCACCUGUUGAAAAAAGAGAUCUACUCAUUGGUAACUUCAGUACCAUAGAAAUGAGGCAAUACACUAUAAUUAAAUAAUUUACCAAUAUGAGUAUCUGUCAAACCUUGUACAAUUGGUGUAAUUAUAACAUGAAGUUUUAAUGGAGCAGGCUGCCCAGGCAUAAAAUAUGAUACAUUAGUAUCAUUAAUAUGAACCAUUUCUUCAUCAGAUGUAAGAGAAUUUAUACCUUCAAAAACCAUUAGAUCGUCAAUUCUAAUUAUGUUUUGAUUACUGUCAAAUGAAGCUAUUUUUUGAACUACUGUAAUAACAUGAGGAACUUUGUUUUGAACACCAUAUAUUAAAAUGGCCACUCGUACAUGUCGAGAAAUUUUUCCAAACUCAUCAGGUCGCAGCUUUAAUUUAACAGUAGCACGAAUUGUUUUUAUUACAACUUCUGGUAGUUCUACAGAUCCACGCCAUGUCAUUAAUAAGGAUUUUUCAUAACAUAUGCCUUUUAAAAACAAUUCAAUUUCCUGAAAAUAGCAAUCACGAUGUUAAUAAACAUCCAAUAAUUUUAUUUUCUUAAUCCUUUUUAAGUAUAUUUUUAUAUUUUAUAUAAUAAAAUAUUUAUUGAGAUAUUAAUAAGAACUAAAUAUCUAAAGCCAACAAUAUUAAAAUAAAAUAUCAAUUAAGUGAAUUGUCUGUAAACAUAGUUAACUUAUUAAUAUAUUUAAUAGUUAAUUAAAUAAAGUAAUAUUAAGAAUUGUAUCAUAAUAAAAAAAAUCAUUUUUAUCAAUAAAAUAUUAUUUAAUGGUGAAA